UUUUUUUUUUUUUUUAUUUAGCAAACGUCGUUUGGGGUCUAAAAAGACCCUAUAAGUGUUAAAAUAAGCACAAUGUUUUGUGAUUUAUAUUUAGUUGUGCAAGUCAAUAACAAAUUGAUUUAACGACAGUGUAUUUUUCUCGAUACACGUCAUAUAACGCUGUUACCAUGGUUACGUUCUCGGGCUUGGCGCGUGCCACUUUAACUUGAAAUCGUACUUUUUAUGGAUACUGAAGCGUUUUAAAUAUUUUAUCAUAUUUUAAUCGCCCCCUCACAUAAUUCACCCACUGAAAAUAGAUGAUGUGUUCCUGGAGACGGCAGAUAUCUGUACAAUGGGAGCGACUGAUGGAUUAUUCGCGGGGUUCGGAGACGUUCUGACGGGCAUCAGACUGACUGACUCCGCCCUCCGGUACCUGUAAAUCUGCCCUGAACGCGCCGAAUGAAGAGAUCGGAUCUGAACGCAACACGUUACCGAGUGAGCGCGAGGUGAUUAGACACGGUCUGUCCGUCAGAGAGCGCGCGGGGAGAUCAGCGCCGGACUGACGGGGGAACGGCGGUCACGCAGGCUUUAAAUCGCGGGAAUGUUCUUCAUCAAGAUAAAUAUACACAGUUCGACCUCGUUUAAAGACGAAUAGGAGAUUACGUGCGUUUUGAGGACGACUUCUCCACCGCGCGUCACUGAGAACCGGAGAGCGGCGAGAGCGGAGAGCGCGGCGGGAGGAGAGUGCGCGCACACGGGGACACACACGCGGGCUGUCCGCCCUGCCAAACAUGGCUGAUCGUCAGGUGUGGGGCGCUGCCGGGAUCUCCAGAAAGACGCUCGAUGCUCCCCACUGAAGAAGGUGAAGAUGACGACGGUGAUGAGAAGCAGCUCUCCACAAUAAUGAUCAAUUUCAUCGAGAAUUCAAAAGCGGGUCCGUCCUCGGUUCGGAAGAUGGAUGUGAUCAUCCCCUACACCUCUGACGUGCCCUGUGACCCCGUGAACGGCCAGAGGAUGUGGUGGGCUUUCCUCGCCUCCUCCAUGGUCACUUUCUUCGGGGGUCUCUUCAUCAUCCUGCUGUGGAGAACUCUCAAGUACCUGUGGACGGUGUGCUGCCACUGCAAGGGUAAAAAGAAGGACGUGCAGCGGGUCAGUAACCCGGUGGUCCUCAGUGACGGCGUGAUUAAAGCAGGCGGGCAGCGGGAGACGGAGGCGGCGGCCAGCGAGGUGGGAUGGAUGACCUCUGUGAAGGACUGGGCCGGGGUCAUGAUCUCUGCUCAGACGCUCACUGGACGUGUGCUGGUGGUGCUCGUGUUCGCUCUGAGCAUCGGCGCUCUUGUGAUUUACUUCAUCGACUCCUCUGACCCCAUCGAAUCCUGUCAGCACUUCGACAAGGACUUCACGCUGCAGAUCGACAUGGCCUUCAACGUCUUCUUCUUGUUGUACUUCGGACUGCGUUUCAUUGCAGCCAAUGAUAAGCUGUGGUUCUGGCUGGAGGUGAAUUCAGUGGUGGAUUUCUUCACCGUUCCGCCCGUGUUUGUGUCCGUGUAUCUGAACCGGAGCUGGCUGGGAUUGAGGUUCUUGAGAGCCUUGAGGCUGAUCCAGUUUUCAGAAAUAUUACAGUUUUUAAAUAUCUUAAAAACAAGCAACUCCAUAAAGUUGGUGAAUUUGUGCUCAAUCUUCAUCAGCACAUGGCUGACGGCGGCGGGAUUCAUACAUUUGGUGGAAAACUCAGGGGAUCCUUGGGAAAGCUUCCAAAAUUCCCAACCUCUGACGUACUGGGAGUGUGUGUACCUGCUCAUGGUCACCAUGUCCACAGUGGGUUAUGGAGAUGUUUGUGCUAAAACAACCCUCGGCCGCCUUUUCAUGGUCUUCUUCAUUCUCGGAGGAUUGGCAAUGUUUGCUCGCUACGUGCCUGAAAUCGCUGCUCUCAUCCUUAAUCGGAAGAAAUAUGGAGGGAGUUAUAACUCGACCCGAGGAAGAAAGCAUAUCGUCGUCUGCGGUCACAUCACACUGGAGAGCGUCUCCAACUUCCUUAAAGACUUCCUACACAAGGACAGGGAUGAUGUCAAUGUAGAAAUAGUUUUUCUCCAUAAUAUUUCCCCUAAUCUUGAGCUGGAAGCCUUAUUCAAGAGACACUUCACACAGGUGGAGUUUUACCAGGGAUCCGUUCUCAACCCUCAUGAUCUCGCUCGAGUGAAGAUUGAGUCAGCCGAUGCCUGUCUGAUCUUAGCCAAUAAAUACUGUGCAGAUCCUGAUGCAGAAGAUGCGUCCAAUAUCAUGAGGGUGAUAUCCAUUAAAAACUACCAUCCAAAGAUCCGCAUUAUUACACAGAUGCUGCAGUACCACAAUAAGGCUCAUCUUCUCAACAUCCCGAGCUGGAACUGGAAGGAAGGUGAUGAUGCCAUCUGCCUCGCUGAGCUGAAGUUGGGCUUCAUCGCCCAGAGCUGCCUGGCACAAGGUCUGUCCACCAUGCUGGCCAACCUCUUCUCCAUGAGAUCCUACAUCAAGAUUGAAGAAGACACAUGGCAGAAGUAUUAUCUAGAGGGAGUAGCCAAUGAAAUGUACACGGAGUAUCUGUCCAGUGCCUUCGUGGGUUUAUCCUUCCCCACGGUUUGUGAACUCUGCUAUGUGAAGCUGAAACUCCUGCUGAUCGCGAUCGAGUAUAAAUCAGACCAGAGAGAGAGCAGGGGUGGAAAAUGCACUCUGAUUAACCCGGGCAAUCACGUGAAGAUGCAGGAGGGAACGCUGGGCUUCUUCAUCGCCAGUGAUGCCAAAGAGGUGAAGAGGGCACUUUUCUACUGUAAAGCUUGUCACGAUGACAUAACAGACCCAAAACGGAUCAAGAAGUGUGGAUGCAAACGAAUGUUGUAUUAUAAGAAGUCCACCUACAAGAGAAUGCGUCUGGCAUGUUGUGUAGCUUGCGGUGGGGCAGAACGUGGCUGCUCGUGCAUGUCAGACAGUGUGGCUAGUAACAUGGAGGUUCUGCACCGUGGCUACCCCUUCUCUCCCGUGUCUCUGUAUGAUAACACGACCACUUUACACUCCUCUAAAAGUAACUAUAACGGAUACAUCAAAUCAAUAAACGAUGAGCUCAAUCCAACAUUCCAGCCCCAGAAUCCUAAACCCACCCUAAGCAGAGCGCCGAGCGCAGUGAGAGCGCCCCCUGCUGUCUCAGGCGUCCGUGUGUCAGUGUCUGUAGUAAAUAACCGUAAAGGGAGUCUGCUGUCACCCGCCGCCUCAUACCUGCACAGACUCAGUCUGGCCAGCUCUAGAGAACUGGAUCAGAGCGGCGCGGGCACAGGAGCUGAUGCCAGCCGUCUGCAUCGGGCCUGUAGUCUGCCCGUUAAAUACAGAUAUCAUUCCAGCCACGGCUCCUCCUCCACCACCGGCCCGCGCACACUCUUAGUUGAGGAGGAGCAGCAGUCGGCUCUGUCGCCCAAGAAAAAGCAGCGUAAUGGAGGCAUGAGGACGUCGCCCACUUGCUCGCCAAAAAUCAGGCAUGACCCGUUGUUGGUCCCAGGACACGAUCAAAUGGAAACAAUGGAUGAGAACAUAAAGAAAUAUGACUCUACAGGCAUGUUUCACUGGUGUCCUUCAAAAGAGAUAGAGAAGGUCACGCUGACUCGGAGCGAGGCGGCGAUGACCGUUUUGAGCGGUCACGUAGUGGUUUGUAUAUUUGGGGACGUGAAGUCGGCCCUGAUUGGUCUGCGUAACCUGGUGAUGCCUCUGAGAGCCAGUAACUUCCAUUAUCACGAGCUGAAGCCCAUCGUGUUCGUGGGAUCUCUGGAGUACCUGAAGAGAGAGUGGGAGACACUACACAACUUCCCCAAAGUCUCCAUCUUACCUGGCACUCCAUUGAGCCGGGCCGAUCUGAGAGCCGUCAACAUCAACUUGUGUGACAUGUGCGUCAUCCUGUCAGCCAAUCAGAACAAUAUCGACGACGCCUCUCUGCAGGAUAAGGAAUGUAUUCUGGCGUCUCUCAACAUCAAGUCCAUGCUGUUUGAUGACAGUAUUGGACUUCUGCAGGCCAACUCUCAAGGUUUCACUCCUCCUGGGAUGGAUCGCUCCUCUCCGGAGAACAGCCCCGUACACGGAUUGGUACGGCAGGUGUCCAUAACCACAGGAGCAAACAUUCCCAUCAUCACAGAGCUCGUUAAAACAGACAAGUUGCUGCCCCUGGUUUCUCUGAGCCAGGACAAGAGCAGCGGAAACAACAUCCCAAUGAUAACUGAGCUGGUGAACGACUCAAACGUCCAGUUUCUGGACCAGGAUGAUGACGAUGACCCCGACACGGAGCUGUAUCUCACUCAACCCUUCGCCUGUGGGACAGCGUUUGCCGUCAGCGUGUUGGAUUCCCUGAUGAGUGCUACGUACUUCAAUGAUAAUAUUCUGACUCUGAUCCGGACGCUGGUGACGGGCGGUGCCACGCCGGAGCUGGAGGGGUUGCUGGCGGAGGAAAACGCUCUGCGCGGAGGUUACAGCACCCCACAAACCCUGGCCAACAGAGACCGAUGCCGCGUCGCCCAGCUGGCGCUCUAUGACGGACCCUUCGCCGAUCUCGGGGACGGUGGCUGUUACGGUGAUUUAUUCUGUAAAGCAUUGAAGACGUACAACAUGUUGUGUUUUGGAAUCUACCGAUUAAGAGACGCACACCUGGGAUCGCCGAGUCAGUGCACCAAACGAUACGUGAUCACAAACCCUCCGUACGACUUCGAGCUGGUGCCUACAGAUCUGAUCUUCUGCCUGAUGCAAUUCGACCACAACGCCGGCCAGACCCGCACCAACCUGUCGGCUCAGUCCACCCACUUCCCCAGCAAAAAGAGCCCGUCCGGCCACUCCAUCCCCUCGUCCGUGCGGCCGGGUCGUAGCCGGAGCCGUGACCUGCGGGACAAACAGAAUGCGCCCAGGACGAAUAGAGGGCUCUCAGACAAAAACUGGUACACAGAUGAACCCGAGAACAGCUUCCCCAGGAACACACAACUCAAACACACCAACACACACGCAGCCAAUCAGAUCAAUCAGUACAAAUCCACCAGCAACAUCAUCCAGCCAAUCAGAGAAGUGGAGGAGCCUUGAGACGACGUCUGGACAAACUGAAUGUGACGCAGACUCGAUCAUCGCUGCGCAUCGAGAGAUCUCGACUGCUGUCGCUGCUGGACAACAAAUGGUGUUUAUCUGUCUUAUUAAUUUAAAUUCUGAUGGUUUAAUAAUUCAAGCAGCCACACGAAACUCUCUGUGCUCAACAGAAAUAUGAUUUAUUUUUGCUGCAAAUAGCCCAUAAAAAUUUAUCCUCCUACUUCACCUUAAAUAGUUUUUUCAACUUAAACUGGGUUGAAAUUGGUUAGUAAUGUGGGGAAACAUGUCGCCAUGACUUAUUUACCAUAAUCAAGUGUAUUUUAUUUUCCUUCACAGUUUUUGAAUGUAUUAGAUUGUGUGUUUUAAUCACAUCAAGCAUUGAUUUUCCCAAAUGUACGACUUUAGAGCUCAUUCAGAGCAGCACCAUGACCGCUGUGAGAGAGAGACUACCGAGCCUCGUUUAUAAAACGGCCUACAUUUGAACAUAUGAUCAUUUUUUUUAAAAACAUGCGUGCGCCUCUCUUCCAGAAGUAUAAAUUAUAAAUUGCAAAUUCAUCUUGAAAUUGCGCACAGAUGAAGUUACUGACAAUCCUCAUUUUGGCUGCGUGAGAUUCUCCAGCUUUGUUGUUGUUGAGCUGUUAAAGCUCCGCCCUCUUCUGGAAAGCAGCUCAUUUGCAUUUAAAGGGACACACACAAAAACAGUGUAUUUUUGCUCACACCCAAAUAGGGGCAAAUUUGACAAGCUAUAAUAAAUGAUCUGUGGGGGAUUUUGAGCUGAAACUUCACAGACACAUUCUGGAGACACCAGAGACUUUAUCUUGUGAAAACAGGUCCACUUUAAACACAGAGAUCAGCAGGAAUAUUAGGCUGCUGUCACUUUAAAACUAAUGCACAGAUGCAAUACACACCUUUAGCUGUAACCGACUGUGUUUACUAGGAUAUUUGUCAAGACAAAUUUUGUGAAUUUGUCCGUUCAAGAACAAAAAGACGUGAAAGAGAGCUCAGUUCAGUAUUCACGCGCCUCAGAUGUUUGCGCACACAGCGUGCGAGUCAUGAAUUCAGUUCCCUUUCGCAUCUUCUUGCGCUUGAAUAUUUAAAUUGCCAAGGUUUAAACUCCUGUGACGACGCAGCGCUGUCCUGAGCGUCGUUCACGUUCGUUUACGUUCAUGUUCUCACAAUAUUGCAUUGUUAGAUUUCAUAAAAAAUGUUACCGGCCAACUGGCGAUUGACACCAUUUCUUUUUUACUCAUAUUUGGCGGUUGGCGAGUGUUAAUUUUAGGCCAGAACUUUGAAAACUUUUUCCACAUCAAGGACUGUUUUUAUAAAUAUGAAUGUUGGUGUGGAUUUUAGCAUAGUUCAGAUGCGUCUAUAAAUCAAUGGAUCCGCUCUAUAAAGCUCCUCGAUCACUAUAACAGCCUCGCUUUCAUUCCCGUCAACCACAGAUGGCGCUGCUGUGAAUAAGGUCUAUUGAUGGAUUGAUCGAUACCGACCAGUUGAGAAGCUCUGGUUUUGGAAAUAAGUAUCAUAGCUAUAGACGUACAUAAAGAAGAGAUGAGCGUAGAAUGUACUACACUUCCUGUAGAUGACAGAAAUCUCUUCUACGAGCUAAAUAUGUAUAAAUAACAGGUUUACUUCAUUUACAACUUACCGUACAACAUGAAGUUGUCAUUAUGGGUGGGAAAUCCAGCUGUUUCCCUCUUCAAGCCAAAGAGCUCCGAUGUCAGAUCCGCUCGCAGUGAUAUCGGACGGCACACGUCGCGUAGAGCGGGAACGGGUCCUCCCUCGGUCCGGCUCUCUGCCCGGCACGGGAUUGGCGACAGAACCCCGAACCGAUCCAGAUGCUGGACACAUAAAAACCGAGAAAAUAAACUCCGAUUACAGCUGGAUGAAAUGGCAGCUUCGCCGUGUUCUCGUACCGAUGAUGAUGAUGAUGAUGAUGAUGAUGCAUUGUAGCAAUAAACCUGCUGUUUCGCAUUAUUCGUUUUGAUAACGAUGCUUUUUGUACCUCAAUUAUAAACGGUGAGGGUUAAUAAUACAUAAUCAGCUUCAUGAACCUGCUCAGAUCUCCAUAUAUUAGUCAUGUGAGGAUGGAGGUUAAAGUUCAUGUAUGACGCUGAUUAGAUUAAACGCAUUCCACAUCUUGUGCCGAUCUGCAGUAUUUGAGUGUAUUUUUGUUUAGCCUUUUGCUUUCGAUCUGAUGGUUUUUACUGUUAAUAACAAAGUGCUGUUAGUCAUUUUAUAUGCUCAGACCCGUGAAACGCGUCCUUGAGCGUCUGUGUUCACUUCUUCAGUCAUUCCAGUGUUUUCUAUAAACCUCUGAUCAGGUUAAACGUGAGCUUUAUUUCUAUAUACGUCACGUGAGCCUUAACAGAGCUGAUCUCAGAUCAGCAGUGCCGGGCAGAACCGGACUCGAGGGAGGAACCGCACAGACCCGCUCCAGCGAAAAGUGACCCUAAAAUCAACAGAUUUCAAUAUUUACAGACUGGAUGACUGAAAAGUGACAUGAAUUUGCUCAAGGAGUUUGAUUAAUGUGUGUCAUUUUAGUGAUUCACAACACAGAUGAAUUUAAAGAAAAUGUCUUAAGCGUUCAGCGUGAAUCAUGUGGUUUAAUGAAAACGGAUGGAAAGCUGCAGGAUUGUUUAACAUGCCACUAUAUACGCAGAUAUAAAUACAGUAUAUUAUAAUGUACAAAAGGCUGUAAAUAAAAUGUACAUGAUUUUAUUUUGUAUUUUCACAGAAUAAAUAUGGAUGUAUUAGUGCUGGUAAAUCUGUAGUUAUUUGAUGCUUUUAUUCAGUCAUUUAGAA